UUUGAGAAUUAAACAUAAGAAAAAAAUAAGAAACCCGAUAUAGCUAUAUAUACAUAUAUAUUUAAAAAAAAUUUCCCCCUUAGUAAUAAAAAAAGCCGGUGCGUUUUUUUUGUUUUGUUGGUAAAGAAAAGUCGGUGCAGUUUAAGGAGCUGAUUUGAGUAUACCUUGCUUCAUAUAUUUCGAACAACCAGAAGUUUGGUCUGAGUUGGUUGUUGGGUUAGAAGAUGAGCAACCCUUCUACGGGACCUUCGUCAAAGCCAAGAGCUGGAAUCUCACAGCUAUCAGAAACUUCGUUUAAGCGGAAGCGAGGAGUCUUUCAGAAAGAAUUGCAGCAUAUGAUGUAUGGUUUUGGGGAUGAUCCUAAUCCACUUCCAGAAAGCGUGGCACUUAUGGAGGACAUAGUUGUGGAAUAUAUCACAGAUUUGGUCUAUAAAGCCCAAGAUAUUGGUUCAAAGAGAGGAAAGCUAUCUGUUGAGGAUUUUCUUUAUCAAAUCCGCAAGGACUUGCCAAAACUUAACCGGUGUAACGAGUUACUAUCUAUGAAUGAGGAGCUCAAACAAGCAAGGAAGGCUUUUGAGACAGAUGAAGAGAAGCUUAGGAAGGCUUUUGAGGCAGAUGAAGAGAAACUGGGUCCAACAGAGGGAUAGAAUUAGUAUUUUAACUUGUAUAUUCUUGUAAAUUCCUUUUGAUGACGCUAUUUUAAUUUUGUUCUUGUUGCAAUGUAAAUCAUAAAUGAGAACUGAUUUGAAAAUUUGCUCUUUUUCACCUCUUAACAAGAGGACCAUAAUUUGUGUGUCUAAAAUAAAUAAAACGAGUGGUUAUACAA